CAGAGCAGAUUUCUAUCACACUUCAAACCUUGAAGAUUACAGGCUUUCAUCCCAACAGAAGCUCUUCCAUCUCUGAACUAUGCAGACUCUGGUGACUCUUGUGCUGCUGACCUGCUUCAUGCUUCACUGCUCUGCCGGUCCGGUUGCACCAUCAGCUUCACGAGUGGGAUGUUGUCUCGGCUUCAAUCAAACAAAGAUUCCGAGAGCUGCUGUGAAACACAUGGCGAUGACCUUGAGUGACUGUCCAUCCAAAGCAAUUGUGAUCACAACGGUGUGUGGCGCGAACUUCUGUAUUGAUCCGAACUGGAAAUUUGCGAAGAAACAAUUUGCACUAUUCCAGAACUCCCCUUCUAGAAAUGGUUUCAAUAGCAAAAAAUGUAGAAAAUAGAAGACAGUGAGAAAGUUGAUCCUUGUUGUUUAACUCCCAUUGUGAGCCAGAGUCU